AUGACCCCCUCCCAUCCUGCUCUCCAGUCCUGGAUACGUCUCUGUUUCUGGUGUCUCCUUCCAAUGUCAGCAGUGUUGGCCCAGCGAGGCUCGCACACUCAGGCUGAGGACCGCCUGUUCAAACACCUGUUUGGAGGCUACAAUCGCUGGGCACGGCCAGUGCCCAACACUUCAGAUGUGGUCAUCGUGCGCUUUGGACUAUCCAUUGCCCAGCUUAUAGAUGUGGAUGAGAAGAAUCAAAUGAUGACCACCAAUGUCUGGUUAAAGCAGGAGUGGAAGGACUACAAACUGUGCUGGGACCCAGCUGAGUUUGGCAACAUCACCUCCCUCCGGGUCCCUUCAGAGAUGAUCUGGAUCCCAGACAUUGUCCUCUACAACAAUGCAGACGGGGAGUUUGCUGUGACCCACAUGACCAAGGCCCACGUCUUCUUCACGGGAACUGUGCACUGGGUGCCCCCGGCCAUCUACAAGAGCUCCUGCAGCAUCGACGUGACCUUCUUCCCCUUCGACCAGCAGAACUGUAAGAUGAAGUUUGGCUCCUGGACCUAUGACAAGGCCAAGAUCAACCUGGAGCAGAUGGAGCAGAUGGUGGACCUGAAGGACUACUGGGAAAGCGGCGAGUGGGCUAUCAUCAACGCCACCGGGACCUAUAACAGCAAGAAGUAUGACUGCUGUGUGGAGAUCUACCCGGACGUCACCUACUACUUUGUUAUCCGCCGGCUGCCGCUCUUCUACACCAUCAACCUCAUCAUCCCGUGCCUGCUCAUCUCCUGCCUCACGGUGCUGGUCUUCUACCUGCCCUCCGAGUGCGGAGAGAAGAUCACGCUCUGCAUCUCGGUGCUGCUCUCGCUCACCGUCUUCCUGCUCCUCAUCACAGAGAUCAUCCCGUCCACCUCGCUGGUCAUCCCACUCAUCGGCGAGUACCUGCUCUUCACCAUGAUCUUCGUCACCCUCUCCAUCGUCAUCACGGUCUUCGUGCUCAAUGUACACCACCGCUCCCCCAGCACCCACAACAUGCCCACGUGGGUGAGGGUGGCCCUGCUAGGCCGGGUGCCCCGCUGGCUGAUGAUGAACCGCCCCCUGCCGCCUGUGGAGCUCCAUGGCUCUCCGGGUCUGAAGCUAAGUCCUACUUAUCACUGGCUGGAGACCAACACAGAUGCUGAAGAAAGGGAGGAGACAGAGGAAGAGGAGGAGGAUGAAGAUAUAUGUAUGUGUGGAGGCCUUCCAGACCCCUCCGUGGGUGUCCUCUAUGGUCAUGGCAGCCUGCAUCUGAGGGCCCUGGGGCCUGAGGCCAAGGCUCCAUCACAGGAUAGCGAGCUUAUGCUGUCACCUCAGAUACAGAAAGCACUAGAAGAUGUACACUACAUUGCUGACCACCUGAGGUCUGAGGAUGCUGACUCUUCGGUGAAGGAAGACUGGAAGUAUGUGGCCAUGGUGGUAGAUCGGAUAUUCCUCUGGCUGUUCAUUAUCGUCUGCUUCCUGGGGACCAUUGGGCUCUUCCUUCCUCCAUUCUUGGCUGGAAUGAUCUGA